GCUACUUCUCUUCCUUUCUUCAUUCUUCCCCAGGCUCUCUGCUGACUCCGGUCAAGUUCUUCAGUUCACGAUCUUCCAGUUGCAGCGAUGAGUGCACGAGUGAGAUCAAGAUCCAGAGGAAGAGGAGAUGGCCAGGAGGCUCCCGAUGUGAUUGCAUUCAUGGCUCCCCGUGAAUCUCAGCAAGAGGAACCACCAAAUGAGAAUCAGGAUAUUGAACCUGGACUAGAGAGAGAAGGAACACCUCCUAUUGAAGAACGUAAAGUGGAAGGUGAUUGCCAGGGAAUGGAUCUGGAAAACGCUGGCAAUGAGGAUGGAGAUGACCCUGGUGUAGAAGAGAAGACUCCACCUAAUCUGGAGCAUGCUAAGAUUCCAGAAGCAGGAGAUGGGCAGCCAUAAGUUAAAAAGAAGACAAGCUGAAGCUACACACAUGGCUGAUGUCACAUUGAAAAUGUGACUGAAAAUUUGAAAAUUCUCUCAAUAAAGUUUGAGUUUUCUCUGAAGAA